AUGAUGAACGCGAAUGAUUUUUUCUUUUUCAAGUUUAACGAUGAAGUGGGUAUGUCGAACGUCCUUAAAGAUGGGCCAUGGAUAAUCAGAUCUCAACCAUUAUUUCUUGAUAACUGGACGCCAACUACUAAGCUUGAAAAGAAGGAGGUCAAGAAAGUUCAAGUAUGGGUCAAAAUUCAUGAAGUUCCUUUAGCGGCUUAUACGGAGGAUGGCUUGAGCUUGAUUGCAACAACCACUGGGGAUCCAAAAAUGCUUGACUCGUUUACCACAUCUAUGUGCAUGGAAUCCUGGGGCUGUAGUAGCUAUGCUAGAGCUCUGAUUGAGAUAUCAGCAGAUAACGACCUCCGGGAAGAAAUUUCAAUGGCAAUACCAGAACCUGAAGGGGAGGGUUUUAUUAAAGAGACCAUGUUUGUGGAAUACGAAUGGAAUCCGCAUCGGUGUGCUAAGUGUUGUGUUUUCGGUCAUGCGACUGAUGUUUGUCCUAAACAACCGAGGAGACCGGGCAAAGCUAUCCAGGAGAACCAAAAUUGGAAUGCUCAAAAGAAUCGUCCAGCUAAGAAGGUGCCAAUCGUGGACCAGGAUGGGUACACAGGUGUUUAUGGCAAGAAAGCGGCAAAGAAAGUUGGUAUACCCGUGAAUAAACAAAUAUCUAAGUUUGAAUAUCGUCCUGUAGGUUCAAAGCCGAAGGGGGACACCAAUAAAACAUCGAGUGCUACGGAUGUAAGGUCGAGUAAUCCUUUCGAUGUUCUUAACGAAGUGGAAGAUGUUGCAGGUACUAGUAACACAAAGUCGGGGGUAAACAAUGAUGAGUCCGAUGAUGAUGAUGAGGUUAUUGAGAAUGAUUUUGAUAUGGACGGGUUUUUAAAGGAGGGUACUCUUAAUGUUAAAAGUAAAGGGGCAAGCACUCCUUCUCCGAUAGUUAAUGAUGAAUCUCAUGUGGAUGUUGGUAAUUUGGGUAAGGUGUGUAAGUCAGUCUUUCGUUCGUGGGAGUGGACUUCUAACGGUGGUUGUUGUGACAAAGGCACGAGAAUUAUUAUUGGAUGGAACCCGGCUAUUUUUGAUGUGAUGAUUUUGUCUCAAUCUCCUCAGGUUAUGCAUCUUCAGCUUGUGUUUAAAUUGGAUAAAAGAAUGAUUUUUUGUUCUUUUAUUUAUGCUGCUAAUUAUUAUGUUUCCCGUAAAGAGUUGUGGCAUAAUCUCUCAGUGCAUAAAGCCCUUGUUAAUGAUAAACCUUGGUGCAUUAUGGGUGAUUUUAACUCGGCUCUCAACAUUGAAGAUAAUUCUAUGGGAACGUCAUCGAUUUCUAUUGGUAUGAGAGAUUUUCAGGAGUGUGUGGAUAAUAUUGAGGUUGUCGAUAUUAACCGAAUGGGGAUCCAUUUUACAUGGACUCAAAAACCAAAAAAUGGGGUAGGGUUACUAAAGAAACUUGAUCGAGUGAUGGGUAAUACAGCUUUUAUAGCUGAUUUUCCUAAUUCGGUUGCCAUGUUUAAGCCGUAUAGGUUAUCGGAUCACUGCCCGUGCAUUCUUUCAUUCCCGGAUGCUGGUAUGUUAAAGCCGAGGUCCUUCAAGUUUGCUAAUUUCCUGGUUUUCAAACCUGAGUUUUCGGAUAUUGUUAAAGAUAAAUGGGAGACGUCUGUGAAUGGUGUUCAUCAAUUUAGGGUGGUAAAAAAACUCCGGUUACUGAAACACCCGUUGCGCUCCUUGCUUUUCAAGCAAGGCAAUCUGCAUAAAAAAGUUGAAAAGCUGCGCGUGGAGCUGGAUUCUAUUCAGCAUCUUAUUGAUCGGGAUCCUGCUAAUGCGGAUUUACGAGUUUCUGAGACUUCGAUCAGUCGUCAGCUCCAAGAGGCUUCGUUAGAUGAGGAACGAUUUCUGAAAGAAAAGUCAAAAGUUGAUUGGUUGAGUGCGGGGGAUAUGAACUCGGCAUUUUUUCAUUCAUCACAGAAAGUCAGAAAUCAUGUUAGCCGGAUUGAGGUGAUCAAAGAUUCGGCAGCAUUACGAAAAAUUUUUGGGUCUCAAGGCGAUAUUUCUCUUACUCCGGCUCCGGAUUUAUUCUCUAAAGUCCUUGCUCCUCAGGUUGCUACUCAUAUGAUUCGUCAAGUUACGGCGGAAGAGGUGAAAAAGGCAAUGUUUUCUAUUGGUAUCGAUAAAGCGCCUGGUCCUGAUGGGAAACCUUCUUCGGGAAUUGAAUCACACGAAUAUUGUGCUCAUUCCGAAAAUUCCUACUCCUUCAGCUGUCAUUGA